AUGGGAGCCUGCCGCAUCCAGUACAUCCUGCUCGUCUUUCUUCUGAUAGCCUCUCGUUGGACUCUGGUCCAAAAUAUCUACUGUGAGGUGAGUCGAACCCUGAGUUUGGAAGACAAUCCAAGUGGUACCUUUAACUGGACUUCAAAGGCUGAGAAGUGCAAUCCUGGAGAAUUUUGCCAAGAAACGGUACUGUUGAUUAAAGCAGAAGGAACCAAGACCGCCAUUUUGGCCAGUAAGAGCUGUGUCCCUCAAGGAACAGAGACGAUGACAUUCGUUCAGUACACGGCCCCUCCUGGGCUGGUGGCCAUCUCCUACAGUAACUACUGCAAUGACUCCCUCUGCAACAACAGGAACAACUUAGCUUCAAUCUUGCAAGCACCAGAGCCCACAGAAACCUCCAACAUGUCAGGAGCCCGCCACUGCCCAACAUGCUUGGCCCUGGAGCCCUGUUCCAGUGCCCCCUCUAUGCCCUGUGCCAAUGGCACGACUCAGUGCUACCAAGGAAGAGUCGAGCUCUCUGGAGGAGGCAUGGACUCCGUCGUGCAUGUUAAAGGCUGCACCACUGCAAUCGGCUGCAGACUGAUGGCCAAGAUGGAGUCGGUGGGACCCAUGACAGUGAAAGAGACCUGUAGUUACCAGUCAUUCCUUCGCCCCCGAGUGGCAGAGAUCGGGGCCUCCUGGAUGCCCACCUCACUGUGGGUGCUGGAGCUCCUGCUUCCGGCGCUGUCGCUGCCCCUCAUCUACUUCCCUUGAGAGGACACCGGGGGUCAGGGGACGCCUUAGUCCCAGACACUGGGGCCUUGGCUAGGAGGGAGCCUUCCGCCCGCUGAUACCAAUCGGAAGGAUUGGGGUGGGGUUGAACAGAGGCUGCAUGUGUAUUGGACACGAAUAAUAAAAUUAGUGACUUGCUA